AUGUGUGGGUUCUCUCGCCGGUUCGACCUUGCCUACCGAGACGCACACCACAAGAUGAUAACCGGCCAAAUCGGCACCCCCUCUGUCCUACGAAGCCAAACCUGCGACAAGCUCGGUCCUUCCGGCUUCUUCGCAUACGCCCAAUACAGCAGCGAGAUCUUCGUCGACUGCUCCAUCCACGACAUCGACCUGGCGCUCUGGUUCUUCGGCACAAACAGUAAAGUCAAAUCCGCCUCAGCAGUAGGCAUCACGGCUGUGGAACCCGAUUUCCGAAAACACAACGACCGAGACAACGCAGUGGGACUGGUAGAGUUCUUCGAUGGCAAGAUUGCUUAUUUCUACGCUAGUCGCAUGAUGGCUGCUGGACAGGAGGAUACAACCGAGGUGAUCGGGACAAAGGGCAAGGUUGCUGUAAAUGCGAUUCCGCAGAUGAAUCUUGUACAUCUUUCUGAUGAGCAUGGAGUGCGGAGGGAGAUUCCGCAGACUUAUUGGGAUCGAUUCGAAUUUGCUUUUGUGACGGAGGCCAAUGAGUUUACUGCUGCUGUUUUGGAGGAUAGGAAGUUGCCUUUGGAGUUGGAGGGUGCGGUGCAGGCUCUUAGGAUUGGGGCUGCGUUGCAGGAGGCUAUGAUUUCGGGGAAGAAGAUCUUUUUUGAUGAGAGUAGGAAUCGGGUUGAGAGUGCUCGUCUGUGA